UUUCAUACGCGUCUGGUUCAUGGCUAUUUUUACCGUAGUGAAUUUCCCAGCCCAAAAUAGAUCAAAAUCAUAGAAUUGCUUGACAGAAUUGACUGGACAGUAAAAAUAGCAACUGGGGAUAUUUAUACACAUCAUUUCGCAUUAAUUUGCAAAAGUCAUAGCAGGCAAUUCAAGAACAAAUAGGUCAUCAUGGGAAGAAAGAAGAUCGCCAUUACAAGAAUCAAUGAUGAGCGAAACCGACAGGUGACGUUCACAAAGCGAAAGUUUGGCCUAAUGAAGAAGGCGUAUGAGUUGAGUGUGUUGUGUGACUGUGAGAUAGCUCUCAUCAUCUUCACCUCCAACAACAAGCUGUACCAGUAUGCGAGCUCGGAUAUGGACAAGGUGCUGCUGAAAUACACCGAGUACAAUGACACGGUGGUCAGUCAGACCAACAAAGACAUCGUAGAGAUGCUGAACAAGAAAGGCGAUGAGAAGGGAGACAUGGAUGAUGACGACUCCUACCAGCUGACACCACAGACAGAGGCCAAGUACAAAAAUGUCGACGAGCAGUAUGCACGCGUUAUGACUGGACAGGUAGUCCCGCAUUUAUUGUUUGGGCAGCAGCCCGGGGUGAUGCCAGUGUCUGUGCCGGUUCCCAACGUGGCUUUCACACAGGGCCAGCAAUUCUCCACACAGGACCUCGGGGCCUCCAACAUUGUCCUGCUACAGCACCAUCCGGGCGGGGGGCUACAGGCCACUAACACCAGGCCCAUGCUCAGUCCUGGAGAUGGAGGUCGUGCCAGCGUGUCCCCUGGCCCCCAGCCCAGCUCCAGCCCUGUGCCCCAGCCGGUGGCCCUUCACCAGGUGAGGACCAGUCAGGACGAGGGGCAGGGCAAGGGCAGACCCAACCUGCGCGUUGUCAUACCCAACAAGGAUAGCCCUCCAUCACAGAAGCAGCAGAGUACAGCCCUUCAGACCCCUAUUGUCUCAAUCCAGACACCUAGCGGGGCCACCAUGCAGUCGGCACUGCUCACCAGUGGUUUGAACACUGCUGACCUUGAGAAGUUGAUGGAGCCCCUACUGAACCAGAUGAGCGGGGCCCAGAUGAGUGUUGGGCCCCUCACAGCAGCCGUACAGGCCUCGGGGCUCUUCAAUCAAGGACUGACGCUGACACCGACCAGUUCAGGCCAGCUUCAGUUCCCGAUGAUCAACAUGUCCCAGCUGAAGGCCCAGCUUGACAAGAACAUCAAGUUGGAGCCCCCAGAGUCCAGCAAGGCCGAGAACUUCGUGGGCCUCUCCCAGGCGCAGCUGUCCCGCCUCAUGUCCUCUGGUCUCGUCUCCACGGCAGGACUUGGCAUCAACACAAACACCAUAACAUUGCCGGCACAUAUGUUGAAGGGUAUGCAGGGUAUGCAGGUCCCGGUGAUGUUGUCCAGCAACCCCAACCUGCAGCUGUCUACGGGGAACCAGUCAGGAGAGGACGGGGACCCGUCUCCAGCCAAACGGGCCCGCACCACUGACUCUGAUACGUGAUACCUUUGACCUGCUGUGGGUAGUGGGCAUUGUACAUAGAUACCUACCAUUAUCAUUUUAUCAUCUGAGCCGGGCUUGGGGGGGGGGAUAAAAGGCGAAUAAAGACAGGGGGAGUCCUCUUGCUGGCUUUAUGAAGCUGUUGAAAAAACAAGUUAUUUUAUUAAUCCAAAGUGGAUUUACAAGGGGUUUGAAUUGAAAUUGGCAGAUUUAUCCAUUAUGUACAUUAAAUAUGUUUUAUAGAUCACCGACUAUUUAAAAAUAUACUUGAGCAAUUCAUAAAAUCAGAAAAUAACAUUUAGAAUUACAAAGUAUUUGUAAGUGAAUCAAAGCUACAUGCCCCAGUGUCUGGCAUCUAAGUUUUUUUAUAAAUCAUGUUUUCAUGUUAAUAAAAUGGUUGUUUUGACAGACACAUAUUGAUGUUUGUUGAAACCUGGUUUGUGCUUUAUGUAUCCAAUGUAGUAUUGUUAGUUAUCUGUUAUGGUAUUACUCACUGAAUUUUAACAUUUUGAUGGAAGCAAUGCUUCUGCUUUUGUGAUGAGAAAUAUACAAAUCUUACUGUCAUCACUUGAUGGUUACUUUUCAUCAUUCAUGUGUUAACUAUUUUUGUUUUUCUACUUGAUUACCUCAUUCAAUUGGCCUUAAAUGAAUGGAGGGUUGAUUUUUUUUAACAAAUUGAAUUGUAGCUUUUUACUAUUGUGACAAUUAAUUUGACGCCUAGUUAAAUAUCCUCUUUGUGGACAUUUUCAAUGACAUUUAUACGAAAGAUAAACAGUUAUGAUUGCUUAUUUCAGAUUUUUUCGCUCAUUAUAUCUGUUUGCAAUUAUAGUUGUUCCCAUAUCAAAUAAACUGUUUGUUUAUCAACAAUAAUUGGGUGGUGACUUCAGCAAAUUAGGCUUCCUUGUUAAAUCUUUAGCUGUCAUUCAUACAUAACCAAUGAAGUAAAGUGUAAAGUUGAAAUUUUGUAUGUACUCAAAUAUAUAUUAUCAUUCUGAAGGGCCAUUGCUGUUAUCCUUACUAUGCUUAAUUGAUGAAACUUUUUAUUUCAGUAAUACUUAGAUGAAAAAGGACUAUAUUUAAACACAAGACACAAUUAAUUAAGAAAAUGUAUAUUUAAAUUAAUAUAAUUCAGUCAGGGCUUGAAUUUAAUAUAAAAAAAUGAAAGUCUUGUCCUUAUCGCCUCUAAUAUUUGAAGUGUAGCACAUAUAGUUGCAAGUUUUGACAGUAUGUGACUCAUGUUAAAAAACAAACAGAAUUAAAAUGUGCAGUGCUCUGGGAAAAUAGAGCUUAAUGCAAGUACAUAAAGUGCCGUCCUGGGAAAAUAGAGCUUAAUGCAAGUACAUAAAGUGCCGUCCUGGGAAAAUAGAGCUUAAAGCAAGUACAUAAAGUGCCGUCCCAGACUGGCUUGUGCAGUAGGCAUAGGCUAAUAGGUUAAUCAGGGUUGAGACUUUCACCUUCUAUGGUAUUUUUUAUUCAAAGAAAGUCUUUUCUUAGUGAAAAUUCUGUUAAGGCAAAUCUUGGACAAUAGUGUACGUACAUGCAUUAAAGACUGUUCUCCCUGAGGGAGGCUCAAGUGUUGAAGUUCAGUCCUAUAUCAAUAAUUGCUUAUAUGCAAGUUCAUUCAGAAAAUGUUGGAAACAUGUUUACAUAAGAAAUUUAACAAAACAUAUUUGUCCUUCCACCCAUACUUGAUAGAACCUCCCUGAUUGUUAUUUUAUAAGUUUUGGAACUUCCAGAACUGCUAAUUAAGAAGUCCUCUGAACUAUAACUUGGAGUAACUUCUGUUGAUGCUCGCCUUUAACCAUUUUUAGCUAAUCUAUUUUUUGAAAAAAAAAUAUGAGCUAUUGUCAUCACCUUGGCAUCGGCGUCCGGUUAAGUUUUGCGUUUAGGUCCACUUUUCUCAUAAAGUAUCAAUGCUAUUGCAUUCAAACUUGGUGCACUUACUUACUAUCAUGAGGGGACUGGUGGACAGGCAAAGUUAGAUAACUCUGGCUUGCAUUUUAACAGAAUUCUGUGCCCUUUUUAUACUUAGAAGAUUGACAAUUUUGGUUAAGUUUUGUGUUUAGGUCCAUUUUAUUCCUUAAGUAUCAAAGCUAUUGCUUUCAUACUUGCAACACUUACUCACUAUCUUAAGGGGACUGUGCAGGCAAAGUUAUGUAACUCUUACUGGCAUUUUGACAGAAUUAUGUGCUCUUUUUAUACUUAGAAAAUUGAAACUUUGGUAAAGUUUUGUGUUUAGGUCCACUUUAUUCCUAAAGUAUCAAAGCUAUUAUUUUCAUACUUGCACCACUUACUAACUAUCAUAAGGGGACUGUGCAGGCAAAGUUAUGUAACUCUGACUGGCAUUUUGAAGAAUUAUGGGCCCUUUAUACUUAGAAAAUUGAAAAUUUGGUUAAGUUUUGUGUUUUGGUCCACUUUACGUCUAAAGUAUUAUAGAUAUUGCUUUCAUACUUGGAAAACUCGCAAACUAUCAUAAGGGGACAGUAAAGGACAAGUUGCAUAACUCUGGUUGUCAGUUUUAUGGAAUAAUUGCCCUUUUUUGACUUAUUAACUUUAAAUAUAUGGUUAAAUUUUAUGUUUAUAUCCACUUUACUUCUAAAGUAUCAAGGCUAUUGCUUUCAAACUUCAAAUACUUUCAUUCUAUCAUGAGGGUACUGUACCUGGCAAGUUGAAUUUUACCUUGACCUUUGAAUGACCUUGAAUCUCAAGGUCAAAUUAUUAAAUUCUGCUAAAAUUGACAUAACUUCUUUAUCUAUGAUUAGAUUUGAUUGAAACUUUGACAAAACAACUCUUACCUGACAUACCACAAUAGACUCCACCCAAACCAUCCCCCACGCCCCCCCCUCGAAUCCCCCCUCCCAAUUUUUUUUAAAGCUCAUCUAAUAAAUGACCACCACACCCUCACACUAUACCCCACCCCAAUUUUUUUUUAAUGUUAUUUUUGAAAUACCGUCCAAGAAUCCCCCCCUUCCAAAACUUUUUUUUGCAUUUUUUGGAAGAUAAUGAAAUAAAUGACCACACCCCCACACUAUACACCCCUCUCCAUUCCACCCCUUCCUCCUUUGUGAUUAAAAUUUAGAUUGGUCCCUUCACCUUUAAAAAGAAAAACUGAUUAGCGGUCUGCACCCGCAAGGCGGUGCUUUUGUUAAUUAUCAUCAUGACAUGUUGUGUUAAGUCCCUUGAAGGUUUCAUUUAAAAAAUAUGUUUGUGCCCAUAUAUAUUUAUAUAAUGUUCAUCUUCCAAAUGUUUUCAUCUGCACUUCACAAUAACAUGAGUGUGUUUCUUUUAUUUUGAACAUGUGCUUUAAUCAUGGUGAGUCGGAGAAGUUGCAAAGUAAAUUAUACAAUUUUAGAUUUGUUAUAAUUUUAUUUGCUUUUACAUCUUAUGCAAUUGUUACACACAUAUUUAUAUGUCAGUAUUUAAAUUGUUUUUUCACAUUCAAUCAUGUGUGCAAGCUUGAUCAAUUAUCAACGGUUUUAUUGUUUAGCAUAUAUGGAAGACCUUGUUACAAUCCUGGGUAACAAUUGUUUAAAUGCUGCUGUUGAAAUAGUUUGAUACUUGUGAGUUUGAAGAACUGGACUAAAAGUGGCACAUCUUGAGAUUUCUAAGCACGUUCAAUCUUAAGACAAACCUUGUUGACCACAAUUCCCCAACUUAUUCAUUUAGUUAAAAAUAAAAGAUAUCUUGUACUCAAAACCAAAAUGUGUGUAUUUUCAUUUUACAUUAACUAGAUCAGAAGGCCCAUUGGUCAAUUAAAGGAAAGAUGCAAAUCUGCAAUAGUCUGCAAAGUUAGAAAAGAAUAUGUUUACUUGGUAGUUUUCAGGCAUUUACAUUUGUGGCUUAAAAUCAGGACAUUUCAUCAUUAUGUAUUCUAUUCAUGCUCUAAAGCUUUUUCAAUACGCAAUCUGUUUAAUAAAUGUAUAUGUUUUUUUAUUUUAAAAAUUUCAAUAAUUUCCAACGCUCUUGAAAUCCUGAUUCCUAUUUACCAUUUCCUGCUGUGGAUCUCAUUUGAUUUUGGUAAAAACUUUUAUUUUGUAUAACAAUAUUAAUUUUGUAUAUCUUUUAUUUUUGUUCAAUGUCAUGAUUCAAGUCUGAAAUGUAGUUACACAGUUAUCAGAAGUACUCUGAACAUUAUGGAAUAUAAAGUGCUGUGACAUGUUAAAUGUUAUGUGUUUGUACAAACAUAGGAAUGCACACAUUAUCCCAAUAUGAAAAUAUAUUAGUCACAUACUGGGACAACUGGGUUUAAUGCAUGCACAUUAAGUGUUGUCCCAGAUAAGCCAAAGCAGUCCACACAAGCUUAUCAGGGCUUUGUGAGGAGUCUUACUUUAAAAUUUUGAGUACUUAAACGGGACAAAUCUUGUUACAUUUUGAUUUUAAUAUUUUUGAUAUUCUGCUACUUCAUGGUUGAGGACUAUAAUUUAACUUACAAAUGUGUUUAGUUACAGAACUUGUUGAUCACAUUUAUAAAUGCUGGUUUUAAGAAUGCAUUGAAAACAUAGUAUCUUUGAUUUAAAUUGUUUGCUGGUAUUUAAGCUGUACAUAGUGUUUUUAAUGAUUCAUACUUUCAUCUGUUCCGGUUUUUGAAGUGAUUUUAUUUCGAGAUUUUGAAAUUGUAGUUUGUAUCCUCAUCCUGCUUUUGGGAGUUUUUGAGAAUCUGUAUAUUGAGGAUGGCUACAAAUAUCAAUAGGAAGUAACUUUAUAUUCAAUUGCUUCCCAGAGUAGGCUGUGCCCUCUGCACUGGCAUAUCAGGCACAACACUUUUUGCUUACAUCAGCUCUUUCCUUUAAACAACAAAUUCCACAAAAGCAAAAAGUGUUGACUCUGAUAAGCCUGUGCAGACUACACAGGCUAGUCUGGGACAGCAUUUAAUUUGUUAAGCCCCAUUUUCCCAGAAUGCGACUAGUAUACAAACUAACUAUAUACAUGUCAACACUUUAUUACAUGGAAGAUUUCUGCUAAAACAUUAAAUCUGCAAAAAGGAGCAAUAUUUACUUAAGUAUACCAGGCACUGAUAUAACUAUUAAGAUUUGUGGCAUCAUGGAACAUAGCACAGCUUUAUGUUCUCUAUCAGAACCAGAUUACACGUUUGUCUAUUGCCUAGUUUAUUCAUGCUUUUAGCGUGUAUUUAAAUAGGACAUGAUUGGGAAUUGUGUGCUUGAUGAAAGCUUGGGAUUGACAGUAUGCCAUUUAUUUACGAAAAAGUGCAAACAUCAUGAAAACUUACAAGAAAUUUACUUAAUAUGCUUAUCAACAAAAUACAUGUAUAACCUAAGAAUCAUGUAUUCAAAUGGCAAAAUAAUAUUCAAAAUAGAUUAUUUUUGAAUAUUUGUUGCUUUCUGAACUAGAUAGAAAUAACACAUAUUAUUUUAAACUAGUUUACCCAGGUAUAUUUACAUUAUCGUGUGUACUUGUUCAUUGAAGAAUUCAUUUUCUAACAUUGUAUAUAGUGUUGUAAAGAAAAUGUUAUGCAUUCUCUAUUCCUGUAUAUUUUCAACUGUUGGCUGUAAUGAAUUGUAGAGUAUUAAAUACACUGAAAGCCUA